CAAGGAGUCGAUCAUCCCCGGCUCGGACAUCGUCUUCAAGGGCUACCGGUUCGCAAACGCGAUCUGCUUUUCGGGUCUAUUCUUCUCGUCUGCUUCAUCAUCAUCAUUAUCCUCGCCGCGCUGCUGGGAGAAGCAAAGAGGGACCGCGGCCAAAUCCACGAGGUGUCAAACGGGGCGCAAACGGGCAAUGGUCAAGAUCAGGGUCAGGGUCAGGGUCAGGAACAAUGCGAAAGCUUGUGCCUGACCCCGGGCUGCAUGAAGUCUGCUGCUUACUCUUUGCAGCUGCUCAACACGACCGUCUCACCUUGCAAUGAUUUUCAGACCUACGCCUGUGGGUCGUUCAAAAAGGUCCAUCCGCUGCAGCCGGACCGCCCGGACAUGUCCACUAAGUACAUGGUGUACUACCAGAACCAGGACAAGCUGGAGCGGCUGCUGGAACAGCCAGCUUCAUCUACCAGCACCGGAUCUUACGAGCGGAAGCUGAAAGACUUCUUCGCCUCCUGCACGGAGCACUUCGAGAAAAUGCGGCAGCAAGGGCAACCAUUCCUUCAGCAGGUGGUCAGCACCUCUGGCGGCUGGUGGGCGUUGGAGAGCAACACGUGGAACACCAGCAAGUGGAACUUUCAGACGGCCCUCCAGAAGGUGCACGUGGACUUCUGGACCGAUGCUUUCUUCACCUUCUCCAUCACCACGGACCUCGUGGACUGGAACAAGCGCGUGAUCGAGAUCGAUCUUUCUGGCCUGGGGCUGGAUUACGAAUACUUCCUGAAACCAAUUUACGAAGAGGAGGUCGCUGGCUACAAGCAGUUCCUCCGCACCGUGGGCUCUCUCCUGCUGCGAGACUCCAACCUCAACCUCACGGAGGCGGAAAGGACAUUCCGUUUGGAUACCUUCGUGCAGGAUGCCUUCGGGGUGGAGAAUAAGCUAGCUCAGAUAAAAGGGGAAUCAGACACCACCACAAACGCACACGCCACCCAGAAUCGAAUCAUGCUAAAAACGCUAAACGACAAUUCGAAAGGGGCGGUGGACUGGACGGGGCUGUUCACUUACAUGUUUGGAGCCUCUGUCACUGGGAACACUUACGUCGUGGUGCUAGAGCAGGAGUACAUCCAGAAGGUCACCGACUGGAUCGCCGGGUUGCCUGAGACCAACAAGACCAGGAUGCUCAACAACUAUAUGAUAUGGCGCUUGGCUCACCGCUACGUGCAGGACCUGUCGUGGGACUACAUGCACGCCAACCGCGAGCUGUAUUUUAAUCUGACCGGCGAAAAAGACUUCCUGGGCUCCUGGCGCUACUGCUUCAACAAACUCAACGACGACAUGAGCGAGGCACUGGGCGCCCUCUUCGUCAGAGACCACUUCACGGAGGCGGACCGGAAGAUGGUCGAGGACAUCGCAGACAGUGUGAAGAAGGCAUUGAUAGAGAGUCUGGAUAAUAGCACUCAUUGGAUGUCCCCAGGUACACGCUUGACAGCGAUAAGUAAGCUUGAACAGUCCCUGAUAAAGCUUGGCUAUCCUGAUUACAUGAUCAGCGAGGAUAAGCUGAACAACAUUUACGCCAACCUGGACAUUACUGGCGACUACUUCAGCAACCUCCUGAGCUUCAACAAGUUCUUCAAGGAGGACUGGACCCGGCGCCUGACCCAGCCGGACAAUGAUCGGCGUGCCGAGUGGGUGUACCCGGUGUACAGCUUUGUGGCCGAAUACUUCAACCCCUGGAAAGAGCUGAUCAUCCCCGCGGGCUUGAUGCAGUUCCCCAUCUACGACCUCAAUAACCCUGGCUUCAUGAACUUCGGGUCCAUGGGCACGGUCGUGGCACGACAGUUGGUUCACGCCGUUGACGAGAUCGGAAGCCAGUAUAUGUUGAAUGGGUCGCACUACGGCAACUGGUGGUCUUCCGAGACGAAGGCCAACUACGCUAGCGUCAAGAAAUGCAUCAUCGACGCCUACGUCAACGAGACACAAGGCCCGUACCUCCUACCGGGCAGAGGAAUCCUCAUGAACUUUCACAUCAACAUCAACGAGUACUACCCGAUCGCUCUCGGCGAAUCAAGCAGCAUCAAACUGGCACUGAGGUGUGAGAAUGAACGCAGUUCUUCUAACUUUUGUGAAUUUCUGCAUGACAGGCGUACAACCGACUGGAUCUCUAAGCAAGAAAAAGAAAAAGCUAAGAAGAUGCCGGGAUUCAGUCUGACGAACGAACAGAUGUUCUUCAUCGGUUACGCACAGACUUACUGCGAGAAUCGGGACCCGAGUCUCAAUCUAGGUCGCGCGAUUCGUGGCACGGUCUUGGAGAAUCUGAGAGUCAAUAACGCUCUUGCCCAAGUGGAGGAGUUCCAACAAGCCUUUAACUGCGCACCCAACUCCAAGAUGGUGGCUGAAAGACGUUGUCAGCUGUACUGAGCAUGUCUACCAUGACAUGUCUACCAACAGUCCACGCGGCCAAGCACAUUCUUUGGUUUUGAAGCACAUGACUAGACUUUCUAUUACCUUUGGUCAGGAUAUGUAAAAAAAAAAAAAAGACGUUUGAUCAGAUUUGAGCAUUCCAUGUGAUAUUUUUCUAUCGUGUAUUGUAUUUUUGUACAAAUGUUAGAAAUGUGUUGUAUCAUAGUCUCCUUACAUUGCCCAUCUCGCACACUUUUAAAAUACUGCUGUUCGAUUUCAAUACACCCAAUCAUGUUUACACACAAUAAAUGUAAUAUUCCUGCUUUUAUUGUUUAAGGUUAUGAAUGUCAAUCAUCCACAGCAUGAUAAGUGUCACGUGAUUUCAAUCUAAUCCAGGAAACUGAUGAUCCGAUCCACUCCACAGUUCCAGUAGCAGAACGGAUCUAAUAGAAGUGUGAAUUUUUUUUUUUUUUGCUUCUCAUAGGGUCAGCAGAAUGACUUUGAAAAACCAUUAUGGGUUAACAGGUUGUUGGGGGGAACCAGUGCAAAUAAUUCUUCCAUGACCUUUAACUGUUCGUCAUCCUUCAUUAAUCUCAAAUCCAAACGCUUUUCUUUAUCGUUUUAGUGUGGUUCAUAUUUACAAAAUCAUUUGUACUUAAAAUAAAAGCAGAUCAAUAUAUAAGUGGAAAUAGUUUUUGUUCAGAUAUCAAAUUUCUGGGGUUUACGUGAUUACGAAGCAGAGAGGAUAACGCACAGUGCCUCGACUGUGUCCUCACCAGCGAACUGCAAUGAGAAACCGUUACGGCGAGAUAAAGGAGGCAGGCAGUUGAUGGUGGAAAGUCGAGGGCAAGUGGUGUAUAAAUGGAAGUGGUCUUGUGGAGGCGAAGAAAGAACACCAAAGGGUAAAUGCACAACUAAAAAGCAAAAAUGAAAAGGAAAUGUAGAUACAAGAAGAAAGAGAAGAGAAAGUCCCCCACCCUCAAGUCAGAUAGGUGAGGGGACAUCACUCUGCACAUAUAUAUAUAUACAUAUAUUUACGUAUAUACACAUGAUUGGACAUAAACGUGCAAACACACACACACAAACACAAAAGGGGAUGUCAUCAUAACAUACAUAACGGUAAUUUUGAGAAUGUUCACUCGUGCGAGGAAGUGGGUUGCACGGUGAAAUGUAGCCAUGGACUGCCUUUGUGCAUUGUAGUAGAACGCUGCAGCUGAUAAAUAAAAAAAAAAAAACCAACCAAACUUUAUGUGAACACCCGUGCACUAUGUAACACUUAACCCAAGGCUGUCGGGAGGGAGACAGCAUAAUCGUUUCCUAAUGCUGCCGUCACUGGGGAGGAACCAAUCUAGUAAAGGGAUCACAGAGAGUCGUCGGGACGCCGCACGUGGUGACGGCUAUCUCAGUGACACGCCGCAGCAGGCGAUAACUCUGUGUGCGUGUUUGUGUGUGCGCGUGCGUGUGUGCGUGUGUUUGUGUGUGUGUGUGUUUCCAAGCAAAGACGUGAUUAUAAUCACGAAAUAUGGCGCCCAACCCUUCAAAACUUUUAAGACGGUAGCUGACACGCUUGAUAGGAUGAAUUUGUUAAUCGAGAGCCACUUCUUUAUUUUCUUUAUUAACGAAAUGUUUUGUGUAUGUAAUCACAGAUCACUUGCUUUCCGGCUAAACCAUUGUAUCGUUUAUAUUAUAUGUUUUUUUGUUUAGACAUGUUAAAUAUUGUAUUAUUUUAUGUGUGUUUGAUAUAUGACUUGUGUAUUUGUACCGUAGUGAAUAUUAGGUAAAAAA